UGGGAUAGUGUGAAACAUUGCGGAAGUAUUUUUUAUAGGGAACAACGCUCUCACUUCCUGUACAGUUGGUUUUUUAGGACUACUAAACACAAAACAUCGCUGUUGGCUACUGAGGUGUGUGUUGCCAUUUAGCACAGAUUGGUUACAUUGUAUCGCUUGAAUCGUGGAUUUAAGGACGCGAUCUGAUUCGAACUGGAAUCUUCUCACCGGAAAGAAGAAGAAGUGAAAGUUUGUAGCUGUGAGCGGUUUUGCUGAGCUGGUUCGAGUUAACAUGCACAUGGUGUGUGGGAUGUCGCUGUAUCGUCAUUAGAACGACUACAAAGAGAAAAGGGGAACUCAUCACAGUAGUGUAUUAUCGCCAGACUAAAACACGUCACACACACCCAGUUGAGGCUUGCUACUCUACUGAGCACUUCAGGAUGGAACGACUUCGAAAACUUUGUAUAUCUUUGGCUUUGAUCCUGCCUUGUUUACAAUGGACAACUUGUUUCAAUCUGGACAUUGACAAGCCUUAUGUAUUCUCUGGACCUGAAGGAAGUUAUUUUGGAUUUUCAGUCGAUUUCUUCCAGCCAGAUGCCAAGCAGUCAAACAUUCUUAUAGGAGCUCCCAAAGCCAACACCUCCUCAGCUUCUACAGUGGUGGAGCGAGGGGCAGUCUAUACCUGCCCAUGGCAGAAGAGUAGUGACUGUACCCAAGUACAGUUUGACAAUACUGAUGAUCGUAAGAAUAACGAGGGGCUCCAGAUGGAAUUUAAGUCCAACCAGUGGUUUGGAGCCACGGUACGGUCACAUGGUGAACACAUCCUGGCCUGUGCUCCUCUCUACCAGUGGAGCACGUACAGCGUGUCAGAGAGAGAGCCUGUUGGAACGUGUUUCCUGAAGAAAGGACAAGAAGUUGUGGAGUACUCUCCUUGUCGAUCUAAAGCCAACUCUCCAGAGGGACAAGGCUUCUGUCAGGCUGGAUUCAGUAUUGACUUUGUCAAGAAUAACAGGGUGGUUGUUGGAGGCCCUGGUAGUUUCUACUGGCAAGGUCAGCUGAUAAGUGAUGAUAUCUCUGAGAUCAUCACCAGGUUCAAUAGACAAUACUACACUCCUUACAGUAACCAGCUGACCACUAAGUCUGCCAGCGCUCAGUACGAUGACAGCUAUUUAGGUUAUUCUGUGACUGUCAGUGACUUCAAUGCUGAUGGAGAAGAUGAUUACAUUACCGGGGUACCCAGGGGAGACAAAGCUCUGGGCUAUGUGAACAUCUUCAAUGGGAGGAAUAUGCAGUCUGUCCUGAACUUCACAGGAACACAGAGACAGGGAGUCCGUUACGGUCCACACAGAGACAGGGAGUCGGUUACGGUCCACACAGAGACAGGGAGUCCGUUACGGUCCACACAGAGACAGGUAGUCGGUUACGGUCCACACAGAGACAGGGAGUCGGUUACGGUCCACACAGAGACAGGGAGUCGGUUACGGUCCACACAGAGACAGUGA